UCAUUCAGCGUGUAAAGCAUGAUGGGAAGGUAACAAAAUGGCGGCGUUAUCUGCACGUUGUUUAAGAUCAUUUGCUCGUGUUUCAGUGCAAAUGUCGAAAACAGCUCUGAAUGCGAACAGCGCGACACAAGUGAGAAGUUUGUCCUCUGCAGCAGGAAAAUCCAUUCUCCGAGACUGUGGAUUGCUCAAGACAAUAGCAAGGGAUAAUGUUGUUAGAAAUCUUGCCAGGAGACAUACAAGGUUAUCAGCAGCAGUCAAUCAAAUAUUGUUUACAUCGGUUGUGGAUAUGAUGUGUGAAGAUGAGGAGGGAAAUGGUGAUGAUGAUAUCACCACGUCAGAACUUGUUACUGAUGAGGAUGAAAUAUUGAAAGUUUCCCGAAUCCUUCACACUCUGUAAUAAACUCUGCUGCUGUGCUCUUUAGGGCAAUGCCAAAUAUUUUCUUGGCUUAACAAAUUGUGCCCAAGAUAUUUCACAAUGAAAAAGUUUUAUCAUCGCUCCACAAUUACCAGCAGACUUUGAUUUUAUCUAUGUUUCAAAGACAGUAAGCAAUUUUAUUUUUGGUUUUUAUAGGUUUGGUGAUAUCAAACCCACCUGUGAUGAUAGAAAACUCAGAAUCAGAUGAUGAUAGUUUGGAGGCUGUUUGUGGAGAUGAUGAUGAAACAUUUUCGUGUUGCGAAGAAGCAAUACCUGGUCUCUGAAACAUUUGUAAUGAAACAAUUGUGAAUGUGACCCUAUAAGGUUACAUAAUGGUUUUAUCUGUCUGUAAGAUUAUCUUUCUUUUUAUUAAUAAAUGUUUUGCCUUAACUAUUAUCUCUCUGUAAGAUUGUCUUACUUUUAUCAAUAAAUGGUUUGCCUUAA